AUGGGUUGUACCAUGUCACAGGAAGAGCGUGCCGCUCUGGAAAGAUCGAGGUGAGUUCGAAGGAUGUCCGCGGAUGAAAACGGAAAGAAGAUAUUGCAGAAUGAUUGAAAAGAAUCUGAAAGAAGACGGCAUGCAGGCGGCCAAGGACAUCAAGCUGUUGCUACUCGGAGCAGGAGAAUCUGGUAAAUCGACAAUUGUGAAACAGAUGAAGUGAGUUUUCCCCCGAUGAUAAAAUAAAACUAACUGUUUCUUGCAGAAUUAUCCACGAAUCCGGAUUCACGGCAGAAGACUACAAACAGUACAAGCCAGUUGUGUACAGUAACACAGUACAGUCAUUGGUCGCCAUUCUGCGAGCCAUGAGCAACUUAGGCGUCUCUUUUGGAUCGCCUGAGCGAGAGGUGCGUAAGUUAAAGAGAAGCAGCCGGGUUUUGGGAGGCGUGGGCACAAAAUAAAUGACAUAAUCUGUUGUAUUCAUUGCGUCUUGCUGCCGCUAUUCCCCAGAGAGCCGCCGCCCAAAUCGGCCGGACCCCUCGUCCCUUUUCCUUGUUCGGGGGGAGUUUCCCACUCGGUUUCGACGUCUGAAGAACUUUUUCGAGAAGCGGGGCUAAAAAUGACUAAGAGUAGUGGUGGUAACUUGAGAUAAUUGACCAAAAUGACCAUUGCGGGAAAGGGCGUGGGAUCCGAUUUCAACUGUUUCGGCGGCGAGAAACGCCUUGAAUCUCGCUUGUUCCGAGUGUAAAACCGUAGUGGCCGAGCACAGAAAGCAAAACAAACGAAGGAGCCGUCUGAAAAACGCGGGGCGCGUCUUUCGGAAUUCCAUAAACAUUGCGGAAGGAACGGAGCGGACAAUUGUUGCUCUUGUCGCUUUCGGACCGCCCGUUCGUGUAAGCACACUAAUUAUUCAGUAGUGGCCAAGAAGGAACGAGACUUUUGAAAAUAAAUGGAGCACACCCACAAUUUGGAGCGCAGAAGCGAAAUGCAUGUGAUUUUGUUUUGCAGGUAGACGCAAAAUUAGUGAUGGAUGUGGUGGCACGGAUGGAGGAUACAGAACCGUUCUCAGAAGAACUGCUUAGCUCGAUGAAACGAUUGUGGUCGGAUGCAGGUGUACAGGAUUGUUUCUCCAGGAGCAACGAGUACCAACUGAAUGAUUCCGCAAAAUAGUGAGUGGAUUUUGGAAUAGUGAACUAAUCUGUAUCACGCCGAGAGAUUUAAAUGAAAUGAUGAUACGUGCAGGUUGAAACGUGAAUGUUUUCAGUUUCCUUGACGAUUUGGAACGGUUAGGAGAAGCCUCUUAUCAGCCAACCGAACAGGAUAUCCUUCGAACUCGAGUCAAAACAACUGGUAUUGUUGAAGUUCACUUCACGUUCAAGAAUCUCAACUUCAAGUACGUUUCUUCCGUUUGUGCUUUUUUCACCUCUCGUCUUUCCAGAUUGUUCGAUGUGGGAGGCCAACGCUCUGAAAGGAAGAAGUGGAUUCAUUGCUUUGAGGACGUCACUGCCAUCAUUUUCUGCGUUGCCAUGUCGGAGUAUGAUCAAGUGUUGCACGAGGAUGAGACAACGGUACGAACUGCCUUCUGGAGGUCUCAUUGUUGAUCUCUUCUGAUUUCAGAAUCGAAUGCACGAGUCACUGAAGUUGUUCGACUCGAUCUGCAACAACAAGUGGUUCACUGACACAUCGAUCAUUCUUUUCUUGAACAAGAAGGAUCUGUUCGAGGAGAAGAUCAAGAAGAGCCCGCUGACGAUCUGCUUCCCAGAAUACUCCGGUUAGCUUUUUCUCUCCAUCAUUAAUGUGCUCACUCUUGAUCGUUUCAGGAAGACAAGACUACCACGAGGCGUCCGCUUACAUCCAGGCACAGUUCGAGGCCAAGAACAAGUCGGCCAACAAGGUACGAAAGCACAAACCAAGCGAUAUGAUGAAUUGUUGCGAGAGAGAGAAAGAGAGAGAGCGCGCGAGUAUUCCCAACGGAACAUGCUAAUUGUGCUCUGCUCGGAGCACACAAGAAACCUAUUUUCUAAGCCAUCAAAAACCGCCCUCUUUCCAGGAGAUCUAUUGUCACAUGACGUGUGCCACAGACACCACCAACAUCCAAUUCGUGUUCGACGCUGUCACCGACGUCAUUAUCGCCAACAACCUGCGUGGCUGCGGACUCUACUAA